AUGGAUUUAACCCAUCCACAAAGCCCAUCGAACAAAGGGCCCAGUCCAGCAAACCGAGUCGACAUCGGCGCAGAAGCCGAUUCUCGAGAGAUCGACUCGACAGGGAGCGCUGAUAGUCGAAGCAGAGAGCAAGCGGAGCGAGUUGUGAAACCUGGAAAGACAUAUCUACUACGACUGAUCAAUGCUGCACUCGAUGAUGAACUCUUCUUUACCAUAGCCAAUCACACAUUGACAGUGGUCGAAGCUGACGCUAGCUACGUUAAACCAUUCCAAACCAACAUUGUUCUUCUCGGUCCGGGACAAACCACCAACGUUCUACUCAAAACCAAACCUAUUUACCCAAAUGCAACCUUCUACAUGCUAGCAAGACCUUACUUCACGGGCCAAGGAACAAUCGAUAAUACAACCGUCGCAGGGAUUCUCAAAUACCAUCACAAACCUACUUCAAACCAUUUUAACUCUUCUAAAAACCUUCCUGUUAUUAAUCCUUCUCUACCUCCUAUCAACAGUACGAGCUAUGCAGCGAACUUUACAAAAAUGUUUAGAAGUUUGGCAAAUUCUAGAUUCCCGGCAAACGUUCCAAAAAUCGUGGAUAAGAAGUUUUUCUUUACGGUCGGUUUAGGAACCAACCCUUGUCCUAAAAACCAGACCUGUCAAGGACCAACUAAUACCACAAAAUUUGCAGCAGCUAUCAACAAUGUGACUUUCAUCUUACCAAACACUACUUCUUUAUUACAAUCAUACUUCUCUGGCAUGUCUAAGAAAGUUUUCACAACCAAUUUCCCAAGUGCCCCUGUUUUCCCAUUUAAUUACACGGGCGUGCCACCAAACAACACAAUGGUCUCAGGAGGGACCAAAGUCGUGGUCUUGAAGUACAACACAACUGUCGAAUUGGUCUUGCAGGGCACUAGCAUCUUGGGAAUCGAGGCACACCCUAUUCAUCUUCAUGGCUACAACUUUUAUGUGGUAGGUCAAGGCUUCGGUAAUUUUGACCCGACCCGUGACCCAAAACAGUAUAACCUAGUUGACCCGGUUGAACGAAACACUAUUAAUGUCCCUUCCGGUGGUUGGGUUGCCAUCCGAUUCCUCGCUGAUAACCCUGGUGUGUGGUUUAUGCAUUGCCACAUUGAGAUUCAUUUGAGUUGGGGUUUGACCAUGGCUUGGGUGGUUCUGGAUGGAGACCUUCCAAACCAGAAGCUCCCUCCUCCUCCCUCGGAUUUCCCUACAUGUUGA